UUCAGGAGAAUAAAAAAAAUCGUAUUCGAUAAUGUUGACUGUAAUCGAUGUGUGGCCGAUACGUGUAGAUAAAGCCACUCUUCUCCCACGCGAACGUUUUGAUCUAUUGUUUAAUUUAGAUCAUUUUAAACUUAAUUGUGCUGUGACGGAUGAUUCGAGACUAUUAGAACGCAAGUUAGACAACAAUGGAAAGUGAAAAUAGAGAAUAUCCUACCACAUCCCAGACUGAUGGGAAUCUUAUUGGAUACAUUCGGAAAUCUUUGGACGCAAACAAAUAUGCUACCAAGAAAACCAUAGCCCAAGGUUUAUUGGAUGUCGCCUUACUAACAGCUAACGCCUCCCAGCUUAAAUACGUCCUGCAAGUCGGUGAAAAGCACGAGUUUUACGCCUUGAUGCUAACCUUGAUCAGCAUAUCAAUAGUCUUACAGUUAAUCGUCGCUAUUUUGUUUGUGAUAAUUGGAGGCCUCAACAUUAACAAACAGCGCGACCACGGCACAGCUGUUAUCUUAAACGACGUCAUUUUGAUUUUCAUUUUUUUGAUUUCGAUUAUUAACAUCAUAAUAUCAGGCUUCGGCUUGGAAUAUUCCAAUCAACCCUUGCAACUCAUCUACGAACACACACAACCCCCGCCUAAACUCUAACGGUCCUUUUCGUAACAAUCUAAUUUUUUGUGUUAUGUGGGAAUAUUUUUGUCCGUUUCCGUAGCAGGAAUAAAUAAGGAUACGCUUGCUGCUACCGAAACAAACAACUGUGAAUGCCACUUAAUUCAGUGUUUUUUCAUAGGUAACUGCAGCCUUGCUCUCAGUCGUGGUAGCUAUAUUACAAACAAAUGAAGAUGAAAAAAUGCAAACCCUGAGUUGGAUUUUACAUCACGUUUCUUUAGGUUUUGUGACCGGGGUUUUAUUUUGUGAUAUCAUUAAAAUGAAUUUUGGCCUAGAUCCCGCCCUUGCUAUUAACGAUACCGCAAAAACCGAGCUUUAACAUUUUUUUGUUUAUUUAUUUUUUAUUUUUGUUUUUAUUUUAUUUUAUUUAUUUUUUUUUUUUU